AAAACAAUCAUAUUUACAAGCACAUUGCUCACCCAAAAAUAGCCUUUACUUUCUCCUUCCCAAUCUCCCUCUUCUCUAUAUAUCUCUUUCUCCAUGAUAGAGUUAUAGUUGAAGCAGGAGAUAGAUGAAGAACACCAUAAGAUGUUGUAUUUCAUGCAUUCUUCCUUGUGGAGCACUUGAUGUAAUUCGGAUCGUACACUCAAAUGGAUAUGUGGAAGAAAUAAGUGGGACAAUACGCGCUGAGGAGAUCAUGAAGCUACACCCUAAGCACGUACUCAAAAAACCCUCUUCUCCGUCCUACACCGAUGAAGGGACAGUUACUUGUCCAAAGAUCAUCAUAUUGCCACCUGAAGCUCAACUUAAGCGUGGCAAGAUUUAUUUCCUUAUGCCAGUUCCUCCUUCUUCCUUGCCUGAAAAGACUCGUUCUAAGUCGUCUUCAACUACAAAGAAGAAAAAGAGUAGCCAUAGUAAUAAUAUUGGAAACGAUAGCGAAAAUAACAAUUUAUUAACGAAUCUUCUUGUCUCGGAUCGCUACUUGACUGAGAUUUUAUCAGAAAAGGUAAAGGAUCGAAGGAGAGGGCGUGUUGGCGUGUGGAGGCCGCAUUUAGAGAGCAUUUCUGAGGCUACAAGUGAUGUGUGAAUUAGUGCCAGUUGUUCUUCAUCGACAUUAUCUCUUUUAAAUCGAAUUCAUUUAUAUCAUACUCGUAUUUGUAUGCAUCUUAAUUUCUGUUAUUCUUGUUCUUUUCUUUUUUGAAAAUUUUGUAUAUACAAAAGGGAAAAACAAGAAAUAACAUGUGAUCAAAUGCUAUCUUCUUUGUAUAAA